AUGAUAUUCUGCGCCCCCUGGGGGAAGCCACAGGCGGAAUCCAGAUCCCUCUCCGAGAUUUAUAAGCCUCCUGAUGGUCGGCUGACCAAGGAUGUGCUUCUUGGAGAAGGCGGCACCGGAGAAGUCUACAAGGGACGACACCAUCGAAGAGGCGUGGUAGCGGUGAAGAUCGCCAACAUCAGCCGAGAUGAAGAGUCAGUCAUGAGGGAGCUGAAGUUUCUCCAGCAGUUCGGAGGCCACAAGAACAUCGCCUCUUACUAUGGAGCUUACUACAGGGCUCCACUCACGGAGUGCUCAUCGGAGCACUUGGAAAUUGUUCUCGAGUACUGUGGUGGCGGCUCUCUCCACACCCUCAUCAGCAGGACCAAUGGCCAAUCCCUGAAGGAGACCUGGAUUGGCUAUGUCUGCAAGGAGGUUUUAAAGGGGCUGCACCACAUCCACAAGAACCGGGCCGUUCAUAGAGACAUCAAGAGCCUGAACAUCAUGCUCACAGAGACGGCCAAAGUGAAGACCAUCGACUUUGGAAACAGCUGGGACCUGGACCCCCAGACUGGAUUGUGCCACGAAGCAGACGGGACUGCACAUUGGAUGGCACCCGAGGCCAUAAGGCAGAAGGGCCAGCGCCUGGCGUACGACACCAAAUGUGACAUCUGGUCGCUGGGCAUAACCGCCAUCGAAAUGGCUGAGGGAAAACCACCAUACGCAGAUGAAUACCCGGUGGAGCACCUGAUUAGAGAAGCCCAACCACCGAGGCUUCAAUCAAACAACUGGUCACAACAUUUCGUGUCCUUCUUGGAGUCGUGUCUGAAGAAGGAUCCUUCGGAGAGAGGGAGUGCUGAAGAACUCCUGCAGCACCCAUUUGUCACCCAACUGCCGCCUAAGAAGAUCAUCAGGGCUGAGAUUGAAAACCAUCUCCGGACUCUGCAGAACCGGCCGGCCAAGAAAGGACUGAAGGAAAGAGCUCUCUGGACCCUGCGGCUCGCUUAUGACUUCUGCACACGGACAUCGGCAGAACAAGAAGCAGCUCUGCAAAUGGCCCUGGAGGGCUUCUCCUGUUAGUGAUCUUGUGGCCAAUUACAUCAACAGCCCAGAAUGAGAUUCCUAAAUCACAGCAGAGGAAAAAGAAACAUCCACAGGAUCCAGUGGCAUCUGCAGCUCCACCAGCAACAUCUCCUUUCAGGCUACUGCAGUUCAACCAGUGGGGACUUCAAGAUUCCCGCAACUCCACCAGCAGGGACUUUAUAUCCUUCUGUAGCUCCAUAUUCAUAUUCUUUUCUGACUACCACAUCGCCACCAGUGGUGUCUUCAGUUUACAUCACUCCCCCAGCAGUCUCACUUUCAAGGGCCACAUCACCACCUCACUUUUCAACUGUAGUUCCAUAGUUCCAACCAUCUUCCUUUUUUUGCAGACUACUACAACUCCAACAUCUUGCCUUAAGCAUCUACUUUUCACACAUAGCCACCAUAGCUCCAACAUUCAUCUCCACCUCUACAGCUCCACUAGCAGCAUUCACACCAUAGCUCCACUAUUAGGACCUUAGUUUUCAUUAGUAUCCAAUUACCACUGCUCCACCCAAGGACUUUUCACUUAACUUUAGCUCCACCACCAGCCCUUAUCCCAUAUUUUACCUCUACCCAUAGGUUCUGUCCUUGUGCUAACACACCUCCACCAAUAUCUUCUUUUAUUUACAGAUCAUCAAGCGUUUCUCCUCUUUAAAAUAUCUUUGAAUCCUCACCCUUCUUCCUGUACCUCCAUUUUUUCUUCCAUUCCACCAAUAACAAGACAUUUAGUCACCACCACACACUAAUAAUGAUGCCCCCUGCCCCCUACACAGAGGCUUCUCUUCUCUAUUUUUUUCUUUUGCUUCCCCCCUGCAAUCUCCUAACACCAUUUCCUCAGUGGUUUCUCCUUUCUCCUUUUUCAAAUUGUCUUUCUAUCCUUUCCAGCCUUCCACUCAACAACCAGUCACAUCUCCUACUCUAAACCCUCACAUAAACUCUUAGUACUGAUACGGACAUAAACUCUUAGUAUAAGUUGAUCCAGGGACUUGUCCGAUUGCCCUUUGGGAGUCAGGAAGGAAUUUUUUCCCCCUCUGAGGCAAAUUGGCUCCGGCAUCAGAUGGGGUUUUUCGCCUUCCUCUGGAUCAACUUCUAAAUAGGAAGAUCCCUUUUACAACUUGAACCUAAUGAAUGUGAGUCCUUCCCAACCUAAAUUAGUAUGAAUUAAUCUAAAAUGCAUAAAUAAAACAAUCACUUUAUAAAUAAAUAUGUUAAUACACA